AACCGAUCAAUCGAGUGGAUGGCACGCGCUGGCAUUGAUCAGCAAACAGACAUGGAAAUUAGUGCACCACCUGCCAAACGAUGCAAGUUCAUGGCCACUGAGGUGGACGACAACUUAGAGAUAAAGGCAGUUUUGACAACCGAGUAUAAAAAAGACAUAACACUUAUCAAGGUACACAGCUGUCAACUGGAAACGAAACAACAGCUGCAAUCAGUUGUACAGGAACUUUCCCAAAAACUGCCACAUUUUCAUCAUUUAAAGCGCGUUAGUGACAGGAACGUAUUAAUAUGUCCAACCGCUGAAGUAGAGCACACGCUGGAGCAGCAUCUGCAAGGCCAUGCAUUCUCGGACAGUGUGGUUAAAGCCCUCUGUCGAGAUGUUAAAGUGAUAGAGGUGCCUGCCGACAGGGCCAAAUUGCGCAUGCAGUACGAAAAAAUGAAAAAGUAUUGGCCUUGUAAGUUUCAUCCGGAUAAGUACGCAGAAUCGCUUCAAAAUGGUAGUAACUUCACAUCUAAGCAGCGCAUCUUCCAUAAGCAAAUGGCGCAACUACUACGAUCUUUGACCAAAAACGUGAAUGCGGGUCAGCCAGUGGGUAUUUGUGUAGACCCGCGACAACCCAGUAUUGUGGCCAUUGCAGGGAGUAAUGACACAUGCAGCUCUUCUCAUCGACACUGCUCCAUGUUGCUUGUCGACUAUGUGGCACGCAGCCAGCAAGGAGGUGCAACUCAGCACCAGGUGGAUUUCGUGCAAGAUGACGAUGCCAGCAAAACAACGCUACGCGGCAUACCAAAAGCUUUCCAUGACUACAUAAGGCAGGAUGAAGCAUACAAAGAUGUGCAGUGUGGGGCUCAGAUGUCUGUGGAAUAUGAGCAGCAACAGGUGGAAGCUACCGCAGAUAAUCUGGCCAAGUAUGGGCCCUAUCUCUGCACGGGAUACGAUGUCUACCUACUACGCGAACCUUGCCUCAUGUGUGCCAUGGCGUUAGUGCAUAGCCGGGUGAAGCGCAUUUUCUUCCUGCUGCCCUCCGACAACGGCGCCUUGGCUACACGUUUCCAACUGCACGAUGUAAAGGAGCUAAACCACCAUUACGAAGUUUUUCAAUUUAUAACUGACGGCACCUGAUACAAUUAAUUUCUGUAAAUAUUGCACUCUGAACUGGUUUAGAAUAAAUUUUCCAUUUUAAUAGCUCCUGUUA